GCAGCCAUGGCGGAGGAGGCGCUGAGCAGCCCCGGAACGCCCCGGAAACGGAGCCGGGAGCCCGACAGCUCCCGUUGGGAAUUCCGGACCCCGCAGCGCAAACGGCCCCGAGGAGCUGCGGCAUCCCAGAAUUCCCAGAAUUCCCAAAAUUCCCAAAAUUCUGCCAGCCCCGAGCCGCAACCCCCGGAGAAAUCGGCGCCCGCCCGGAGGCUGCGAAUUCCGGCGGGAAAUCCGGGAAUUCCGGCAGAAAAUCCUGGAAUUCUGGCGGGAAAUCCGGGAAUUCCGGCGGGAAAUCCGGGAAUUCCGGCGGGAAAUCCAGGAAUUCCGGCGGGAAAUCCACAAAUUCUG